UCCUGAGGCUCCCUUUCCCAGCGUCCACAGCACUGGCAGCCACUGCUAAUGAAUAAUUUGCUUAGUGAGGUGUGACCACAGGCAUUGUGUAUUUGAAUUUCACACUGGCGGAUUGAUGCAGGGGGAAGAAGAGGGGGAGACAGAGGAAGAGAGGGAGCGAGAGAGAGAGAGAGCAGGGAAGCUGAAACUCAAUUUCUCACACAUGAAAAAGGAUUUGUACAGCAUCGCAGCAGAGGGCACAGGGAAUUUCAGGUUUUUAAUACCAUUUUUUACACAGUGAUUCAACUGCCAAAUGCUAAAGCCCCAUGAGCGCUGAGAGAUGUUGGAAUUCAACUUCUGAUUAGAGUUCUGAUUAGAUGUUUUAGCAAAAGCACUAUGCUUGUUCAAGUCUGGAAGGUGAUAUUCUUUCUUUGGCAUUCAUUAUCUGGCACACUUGUUGCUGGAACUUUGGUCAAGAAUGUACUGGAAGACACUUCACCUCAGCCACAACCAAAGACUGAUUCUAAUGAUCAUCACCAGUCUUUAUCUGAAAACCAGGGUGUCUUGUCUCAGCCAUCCUGGACACCCACAGAUCUAACAGUGGAAACCAAAACCCCUUUCUUGCUUCUAUUACCUUUCAGUAUUCCUCUUGAUCUUCAGAGGUACAGCACAAAAUCUGAAACAACUCCAAAGAGUACAGAAGGCAUUUCAGUAACUAAUUCAUUAUCUGAUAGAUUAUCUGAAAGAUAUCAAUCACUCAAGCCUGCUAUAAUCAAGUCUACACUGAAGAAUUCUGAAUUCACAAGAUCUAGUACAGAGACUUUUCCUUACAGAAAGGAAACAUCUAUAACUACAUUUACUAACAGUGGAACUGUAAGCAGUCUUCUCAGUAAUAACAGUAAAGCUACUCCUUAUCUAACCACUCUGCCUGUGCACACUUUUGCUACUACUAAUGAAAUAACGCCGCCAACACCUAAGAGAGAAAUGCUGGGAUCAACAGUCUAUACUACUCAAAAUAAAAACUCUAGUGAGCCAGCCUCUAGUAUGGUGAAUACUACAACAAGCAAACCUUUACUUUCAUUAAAAGAGUCAUCUACAGGGGCUGGUCUAGCUGGCAUUGUGUUGCCAACAGCAGCUACUCUAGCAGUUAUCCAAGAUGAGAAAAUUAAGGAGACCGAACCGAAAACAGAUUUUGAUCGAUCUAAAAAUGCUAUAAUCCCGAGUCCAGUGGAGGAAAACAUGAGAUGGGCCACAACAACCAUCAGUGAGAAGAUGAUGCAUGAAGAUGUUGUACAAAAAUUAACACAAUCCUCAGUGUUAACCACAAAUACAGCUGAAACAAUUUUAUCUGAGUCUGACCCUGAAUCUGAAAACCAACCAGACAACAGCUCUGAGAAGGAGAAUCUGCUUGGAUCUUCAGUACCUACCUUUUCCCUUUUCACGGCUCUGGAUCCACAGUUUUCAGAUGCACUUUCUAACGAGGCCUGGCCUUCAGAGAUGGCCGUUAACGAAUCGUCCACCUUGCCUGACUGCAACCAGGAUAUGACUGGGAUCUGCAAUUCUUCUGACGGGUGGAGCCCUGCAUUUCCAAGCAGCAAUGGUGCAGCUAAUGAGUCCUACAACCCCCUUCUGCUUUUGCCUCCCCAGCUGUUUGUCCCUCUUCAUGCAGACUGGAACACGGCGAUGGGAACUUGGGGGAUAGCAUGGGAAGCCCACAUCUAUGGAUUAGGAUCCUUAUUUUCUCUGGUGGCCUUCCUCUCUGUUCUAAACCUGCUGUGCCUCCCUUUUCGGUGCCCUUCAGGAUGCAGCUAUUUCACAAUGGUCAAUGUUUUCCUUUUAAUAACAGGGUGCUGUAGAGCAUUCUCACUAUUUUAUGAUGCCUACAGCCACCAGGACAAGUUGCCUGACACUGGAACUCUACUCCUUUAUGAAGUGCCAUUUCCAUGUCUCACCUCAGCCUUCGGCAUAGUUUUUUUGCUCCUUUCCAUGAGAUCAAGGAUGCAGUUGUCGUACUCCAUUUUUCAGCAUCCCUGUUUCUUAACCAUCCUCGUAAUUCUGCAUUUCUCAGCAACAUUUGGGUCCAUACUAAUGCUGCAGAUCUUCACUCAGCUCCCUUGCCUUUUUUUUGUAUCUCAAGGAACCUUUGUGAUCUUGACUACUCUCAUGUCAGCAUCCUUUUUUAUCUUUUACUGUUAUGUGAGGGCCGAUGCCAAGCACAUUUAUCAUCUGAAUAACACUUCACCACCAACAGAGAGAUAUAAUAGAUGCCCUUUCGCAGACUCAAAGGACUGGGACCGUGCAGCAGUGACAGCUGUUUUCUCUGCCAUGUUUGCACUAUGUUGUGCAGGUCUUCAGCUAUAUGCCAUGCUCCAUGCUUUGGGAUUUGGAGGCAUGGAAGUAUUCCACCCCUGGCCCUGGUGGGCCUUUCACUUGAGCUGCAGGAUUUGUGAGGUUGGCAUGUGCCUUACUUUGGUCCUUAUUGUCAUGCAUCCCAUCUUUUGCUCAAAUGAUGGACCUCAACGCACCUGCUGGUCAAACAUCUUUUGCCUGUCCCACCGCCAUGUUACGAUGAAGUCACCUAUCCUUCCUAAUAACUACCAGUGGUCUUCAGCUCAGCAGGAAAAACUGGUGAUCUGUGAUGCCAUUGCUCGCAGUGAAUCAGAAUGCCUUCCACUUUAUACAUUAGUGGAAAAUCACCUCAGCAGUAUUGAUGGGCUUGAUCUUUUAUAUCACAGCAACAGGGUCUUGACAGCAAAAGACAUGGACCUAAAUAUGAAGCCCAAAACUAAUUCACAGAAAUCCUCUUUCACUAGUGUACAUAUUGACAGUGACUCCACAGCUGAUCUUCGACCCCCUUCACCAAUAAAUCUGAGACGCAGCAUAGAUGAAGCCCUCUUUAGCGAAGCCCUUUUUCCUCAAAGCCUCUUCCAGAACACUAAGCUCUACAGUUCAAGUAACCUUUCCCUCAACCUGAAAAACACAACAGAUAAAAGAGUUUUUAAGGAAAACGCAGCAGAUCGAGGUCUGUACAGAACUUCUUCUUGCUUAGAGAUGGAGGCAGUCCCACCCUUGAAGAGGUCUGUCUCUAGUUCCAAUACAUUAAAUGCAACAUCUUCCACAGAACAGUGGAGAGGAAGCAAUUCCAGUUCUCUUUACAAAGUCUCCUUAGAUGGAUCUUCCCUGGUGCUCUGCUCCAGUCCAGAAAGGAUGGGUUACUCCUCCCUGAGUAGUAAUCAAAUCGCGCUAAGCAACCUGUCCCAGACAAACCUAAAUCAGGUCUCUCAAUUUCAGAGACGUUAUCAAGCCUUAGAAUGUUCUUCCCGGGAAUCAUUGGACAAGCCUGGAGAACCUGAUUUAGCCAUUCAAGCAGAAUUCAUCAAUGUCUGCAGGCAAAUUGAUGCACUGAGUGUCUGUAGUGAUACCAUAGACUUGUAAGACACUGUGAUCAAAUUCACUCUGACCAAGCACUGUAAAGGCAGUAAAAUGAAGAAGUUAGAAUACAGAGGAAAUCAUAGUGUUAAAAAGGUGCUAACAUUUGCUUUUAAGAGCAUACCAGCUAAUUUUCUUGACAAUAAAAUAUUGCCAAAUGAGAAGGCUUAGAUUUUUUCUUUAAAUCUUGGUUCCUCCUUUUCAAGGCCUGGAAGAAUUAACAUACCCAAAAGUUACAGGGGGCUUUACUCAGAAAGGACUUAGAAGAUGGUUUAGUUUUAAUCUAGGCCUUGAAUUUAUGGAGAUAUUUUAGGCUUUAUUUCUGGGGAAUGAGCCCAUCGAAUGGCAGAAAUCAAUAAAGACUUCAUUCAAUAAUUCCCUUAAUGUAUAGAAAUUUGCAUUUGGGCUGAUUUACCUUUCUGAAAUGUUCUAAUUUUUAACAUUUAUUAAAAAAUUAAAUGUAUGCAGUCCUCCUCUUAUUUACCUAUAUAAAUUAAUCAUACUGUGAUUUUAAUCAAGCACUUAUUGAUGAGUCUCAUGCAUAUAUUAUGUACAGCUUUAGCUGGAAUAUAAAAAACAUAGAAGCAAAUAAUAUUGAUUAUUGUUAAGACGUUUUGGUGUUGCUGCAAUAUCCAUAGUGUCGAAGUACCUCAUUGCGGUCAGUGAAUAUAAACAUCCAAUGGCAUUUUAUAUUAACAGCCUUUAUUCCUACAUGGUUUUGUUAAAACAUUUUCUUAAAUAUAUUUAUAUAUGAUAUGAAAAAUAACACACUGAAAAUAAGAGUUUUGUAGCAGCUCCAUCUACUGGUAGGUUCUGAAGGCUAAAAGUCUGUAGUCAAGGACUGUAGCAUCUGCACCAUUGCACUUGUGCAUUUUGAAGACGUGUGAUACUUUUUGUAUAUUGUUUCUUGAUUUUUAUAUGAAAAAACAUACUAAUUUUAUUGUUAUAGGAUUAAAUAAUAGCGUUUAUUUGCUUUCAGCUUUGUUUGAAAAGGUGUACAUUUUUUACCUUAAUAAGUCAAUUUAUUGUGGAUGUGCAUGUGCAAAAAGAGAUGUUUGACACAAUGUUUAUUGUAAUAUUGUAAAUGAAAGCCUAGUUUGUUCAAUUGGACAAACUGCUACAGUAUAUGUUUAAAUAUGUUCCAGAUAGACUAUUAAAUCUUUAUUGAAUCUUA